UUCUUCCGUAUCUAGGGUUUUUCUUUGGAGCUUGGCAUCUCUUUCAAACUAAAGCAGCCGCAGCCGCAGCCGCACUGUGCCGAAAGCAGUGAAACCCUAGCCAUGUCGCUGGUUGCAAACGAAGAGUUUCAGCACAUUCUUCGUGUGCAAAACACGAACGUUGAUGGAAAGCAGAAGAUCAUGUUCGCUAUGACCUCUAUCAAAGGUAUCGGUCGCCGUUUUGCUAACAUUGCUUGCAAAAAAGCCGAUAUCGACAUGAACAAGAGGGCCGGAGAACUCUCUGCUGCAGAGCUUGACAGCUUGAUGGUGGUUGUGGCUAAUCCUCGCCAAUUCAAAAUCCCAGAUUGGUUUUUGAACAGGCAGAAGGAUUACAAGGAUGGCAAGUUUUCUCAAGUUACAUCUAAUGCACUUGACAUGAAACUCAGGGAUGAUCUGGAACGGCUGAAGAAGAUCAGGAAUCACCGUGGUUUGCGUCACUACUGGGGCCUUCGUGUACGUGGUCAGCACACAAAGACCACUGGCCGCAGGGGGAAGACAGUUGGUGUCUCCAAGAAGAGAUAAAUUAUCUACUUGCCAGUUCCUAUAUGUUUUAUGCUUCUCUUUAGUAUGUGGAGUCCAAACACUUGCAGGAAGUUUAUUAGUUAUUUUGUUAUGUUUGCACUGAAAUUUUCUUGUUAAGCCAUUUGGAGGGUUAUAGUUCGUAUAAAUCCUCUGAUAGCGUUGCAAGCAAUUUGCUUACUGUGGGAUCAAAGUUUUGCCGGUUGCGCUUGAAUUAAUACUUUGAGUGAGUACUUUUUAUUGAUAUGCUUCCCAUUUUACUAAAUAAA